AUGGUGAAGCCACGAGCUGCUCGCAAGCAGCCCAUUGUCCUCUCCUCCGGCGAUGAGCGCAGUUCACCGCCUCCUUCCAAGAGGCCCAAGAGGGGCGCACUAGCUGGUUCGUCCACCGAUGUGCAGAGCGGCAGCAAGGCGAAGCCUACUCGCGUGCAGACGAGGCGCGCAGUAUCGCCGAAGCCGUCGUCAGCCGCGUCAAAUCAGAAAUCACCCACUAAAUCUCCAGGGAAGCUGAAGGCGGUUCAUAAACCCAUUACAUCCUUCUUUCGCCCGGGCUCUGUUCCCCGUUUGCAGGCUGUGCAGGCCACAGCGUCACCGAGCCCUGAGAAACGCGCUACACCGCCAGAAGAUCUCGACGACAUCCUCGAGUCCUCUGACGAUGAUCGACAUCCCCAGCCACCAGCCGCCCUGCCCGUGCGCAAGCGGAAGAGCGUGGCGGCUCUUGGUGCCUCAGAUGCUGGUAGUGUCCCCAAGGGUAGCCAGAAGUUCCUUCGUACGGCGAGCAGCGCCCGUAGCACACCCCCACCUUCGCAUCCAGCUCGCAAAGAACCAGUAGAUGGACGGCCAUGGACUGAAAAGUACGGUCCUCUGUCGCUCGACGAGCUCGCGGUACACAAGAAGAAGGUGUCAGACGUACGCGCAUGGCUCGAAGAUGUCUACAGCGGCCAGCAGAGGAAGCGCCUUCUCUUACUCAAAGGCCCUGCGGGCAGCGGCAAGACCACGACCAUGGCGCUGCUCUCCAAAGAGCUGGGCAUUCACAUGCAUGAGUGGAAGAACCCCGCCAGCUCCAUGACGGCUUCUGAAGGCGCAGUAUCUGCGACUGCACAGUUUGAAGACUUUGUGGGACGAGCAGGCGCAUUCGGGAGCCUCACCUUCGAUCGACCUCAGCAAGUUCAAACGCAAGCUUCACCGAGCACUGACAGUAGACAAAAGCAACUCGUCCUUGUAGAGGAGUUUCCUAAUACAUUCGCGCGUGCGUCACCUGCCGUACAAGCUUUUCGAUCAUCUGUUCUUAAUUUCCUCGCUUCAACCACUCCCUCCGCUACUGCGUUCUUUGCCAGACAGGCCGGUUCUGACUCACCCGUCACGCCCAUGGUUAUGAUCGUCUCUGAGACACUGCUGUCCACGAACACGGCCGCCGCUGACAGCUUCACUGCUCACCGCCUGCUCGGCCCUGAGAUCCUGACCCACCCCGGAUCAUCAGUCAUCGAAUUCAACCCAAUUGCCCCAACAUAUAUGACAAAAGCGCUGGAUCUUAUCGUGGUCAAAGAGGCGCGCAAGUCAGCGCGUAGGAAUACCGUUGGGCCUCAGGUCGUACAGCGGCUUGCCGAGCUCGGCGAUAUACGCAGUGCUGUGUCGUCUCUCGAAUUUCUCUGCCUGCGUGGGGAUGAGUCGGAUGGAUGGGGCGCAAAGGUCAACUUUUCGAAGAAGAAGGGCCCUAGAGACGUACCAAUCACUGAGAUGGAAAGAGAAUCGCUGGAGUUGGUAACUCAGCGAGAAAGCACUCUGGGCAUCUUCCACGCUGUUGGGAGGGUUGUGUAUAACAAGCGCGUGCCAGAAGAUCCGAACAAGCCUGUACCUCAACCACCGCACUGGUUCCCCGAGCGGCGUCGACCGAAGGCCUCGGAGAUCAACCUGGACACACUCAUCGAUGAGCUUGGCACCGAUACACACACGUUCACCGCGGCAUUACACGAGAACUACGUGCUUUCAUGCGGAGGAGCAGACAGCGAAGAGACUAUGGACUCGGUAGACGGCUGCAUCGAAGCCUUGUCUGAUGCGGAUCUGCUGUUCCCAGACCGAUUCGGGGCAGGCUCAGGGCGACGAAACCUGCAAGGCACGAGUGCGGACAAUCUCCGUCAAGAUGAGAUGUGCUUCCAGACAAGCGUGCGUGGGCUUCUGUACAACCUACCGCAUCCUGUGAAGCGCAUGGCGCCGCCCCCUGGGGUCAUGGGCAUCAAAGCCAAAGGGCAAGGAGCCGCUCCGCCUAAGAGUGGCAGCGCAUUCGUCAUGUACUACCCAGCCUCGCUGCGGAUCUGGAAGCAGCAGGAAGAAAUCAACGACCUCCUGGAGCUGUGGAUAUCGCGAGCGCAACGCGGCGAGCUGCUCUCGACAGGCACGGGGUCGCUCAAGCCCGCGCCCCCAAGCAGCGGCGUGGAAUCAUGGACCCGCAACACCGCACCGUCUCAAGCACCAGCAUCGACCUCCCCAAGCCAACCAGUCGAUGACCCGCCCCCAACGCUCCUCGGCAGCGGCGGCUCAGCACGCUACGAAAUGCUUUUCGAGCGCCUUCCGUACCUAACCACCAUCCUGCGCAGAUCCCGCAUGCCCGCGGCCACAAUCCGCGAGAUCCAGAAAAUCACCGCCUUCCACGGCGCAGGGAGUAGCAAGGGUGGAACAGAGGAGGACGGCGAGGACACCCUGGAGCGACAGGGCGGCGAGCAGGAGCAAUGGGCGACGGACAAGGACGCGCCCGCCACGCCGCGGAAGAAGAAGGGCGUGCGGUUCGUCGAGAGCAGAGGAGAGGAGAGUGAGAGCGCGAUCGCGGGGCUGAUGGCCAAGGGCGCGAGUCUGGUGCUGGAGGAUGAUGAUAUCGAGGAUUGA